GAGCCAAACAGCGAGCAUACUGUUUAUAAUUCUUAGUUCAACAUGACACCCAUUCUUAGCGUGUCGUUCAUGCUGAAAAAAUGUCCCUCAUAAUCCCUUAAGAAAUGUUCUCGAAUAGAGUACAGCCAAAAUCCUCAUAGAGGUAUGCCUUUUCGUUUGCUUCGGAAGAAAAUCUCGAAAGACAAGGCUAAAAAGACAAAAGAACGUUUGAUCCAUGGCAAAUAUACGAAGCGGGAAGAUACUGCGCGAAUUUUGCAGGAACAACUCACAAAGAGUGCCUCAACACCCAAUAUUGCAGCUGCUGUAUUGAAACAGUGUGACAUUGAAGAGUCAUAUCAACCACAUUCUCAAGAGCCAGUCUAUCUAAAUAAUGAUGACACCGUCAAUCAAAAUGCAGGGAUUCUUAUGUUAUCAAAUAGAACACCUUUGCUUGACCGCUUUCAGCCAGAUUCCCAGACAAUUACAUUCUUUCAUAGAGAAAAUUCACCACCACACCAAGAAGCAUUCCAAAACAAUAAUGUCCAAGAUCCCAAUGAUUUAUUAAAUUCCUUUAAAAACUUACAGUUAGAUCAACAAAACUGUGCUUCAUGUCAAAUAGAUCAUAUGCAGGGUGACCCCUCUAGAGGUAGCGAGUCACCAAGGGGUGUUACCAUGGGAUACCGUCAUCCUCCCCCAUACAAUGAAAUUGUUGGAAAGCAAAACAAGAAAGAUAAACUUGUUCUUGACCAUUACCGGCAUCCUCCUCCUUACAGAGAGCAGAGGUUGAGUGGAGAGAUGUCCAAUCUUUACCCAGGCAAUUUCUCCCCAGAAUUUUACAACUUUUUGCAUAAUUAUCAAGACUAUGGAGGAAUGGCACCUGGAUUCCCUGACUCUAGGGGAUAUUUCAUGCCUGGAAAUAUCCCAACAAGUGCAAGCAUGAAUUUUCAAGACAUUAGGGAAACACAGUUCAAAAAUACUGGACAAGAGGCCAGAACAGAAUUGUUUCUCUACCCAGAUGGCAGUAACAUGGACAGAAGACAGAGCCUUGGUUAUCAACAACAAGUCUCUGAGUACUCUAGAAUUGCCAGUGUGCCUGGCGCCUUGUUGAAUAAUGCAGCCAGGCAGAAGUACCAGCUCAAUAGGCCUGUAGAUUACAACCCACAGCAGAACCAGAUGGUGUCACAGUUUGGCCAGACAGGUCCAAGGGUUGAGGAAGUGAACCACAUGAGAGGGUAUCAGCAGUUCCAGGCAAUGCAUGACCAGCAACAGGUAGUCUUCAGCCAGUCUGAUGGUAUGAUGAUACAGCAGUCAUCACAGCAAACAGUUAAUUCAGAGAUGCCUAUUGUGGAUGUGGACUGCCCUCUACCCCCAGGCUGGGAAAUUGCUUAUGCUCCAGACAACAAGAUAUACUACAUAGACCACAAUACACAGACAACACACUGGAAACAUCCAUUGGAAAAACUAGAAUCACCAGAUGGCUGGGAGCAAGUGGAAUCUCCUCAAUAUGGUAUCUAUUAUGUCAACCAUGCAACUGGCUCCUCCCAGCGUGAACACCCUGCCAAGUCACAGUACUUCCAGCAGUUGCAGAGUAUGCCGUAUCGUGAGAAUGGCCAUCGGGAAGAGUGGAAUGGGCUUGCGGUAGGACUGCCAGGCAGGGAAGCUCAAGAUUCACUCAUGGCUUCUACCACACAUGCAAACCCCUAUAUUGGAACAGAAACACCAGAGUGGCUCAAGACAUAUGCAAAGGCUCCAUCCAAAUUUGAUCCACUGCUCAAGCUUCAUCAGCAUCUCCAUCCUCCUCGGUCUGCUUCAAAAAAAAUGCCCAUCUCGCUUGGUCUUGUCCACAGUGGGAGCUCUUCAGGUACAACGAGUUGGACUGCUGGCAGACCAUCCUCAAGCGGAUGUACAAGAAAGAAGUGGAGCAGAUUGUGAUGCGGUACGAGGAACUGAGGCAGGCGCUUCAGCGAGAGCUCGAAAGGAGACAGAAACAACACAAGCGCUGCAGUGCAACAUAUGCUGAGAGUGACAAGGAAAGUGAUGUUUGAUGUUUGAAGAACCUUGAUUUAAAGGUGAUAUGUGAUUUACAAGGAUCAGUUUAUCUGAAGGUGAUGUCAGAAGAACACUUGAUCUAAAAGUGAUUUCUGAAGAACACUUUGAACACUUGAACCUCUGACGUCCGAGGAAUGGUUUAUCUGAAAGUGAACAGACUUGAUCUAAAAGUGAUGUCGAAAGAGCACUAACCUUAAAGUGAUGUCUGAUAAAGUCAGACUUUCCUUUCAUUACAAGCCUGAAAGACAGAUGUUUCACAAGUUCAGGCUGCACAUGAACAUGGCUGACGAUCUUCGAAGACCUUGAAAUUCAUUUAACAGAGCUUUCGUUCCCAAAUGUUCAUUUAAUCUUAAGGACGUCGGUCGCGAGCUGUGCUAAGUAGGAUAGAUAUAGAUUAAUCAGGGUUUGCAGCAAAUACUGGGCCAAGAUGGGAUAGCAGGGGAAGGGGGUUCUAAGGGUUGGGGGUUCUAAGGGUUGAUUUUUGAGAUAAAAAUUAAUUGCUAGUCUUUGUCACAGUUCCUGUAACAAGAUUUUGCAAUAUGAAAAUACGUGGCAGAUUAUCGUCUGUGGUUGAGGGGGAUGCUGAACGUAACCCCACAACCUUAUCCUUAUCUAUUGCUCGUUAAUUCGGUCAGUCCUUGAGUACGCUGCUCCUGUCUGGGCCUCCCUUCCUGAGUACCUUGCAGAGCUUAUCGAAACAGUACAACGAAAAGCUAUUCGAAUAAUCUACCCUUGCCUUAGCUAUGAAUCAGGGCUCAAAGUAGCAAAAAUGGACUCACUUACAGUCCGCAGAGCAGAACUGUGCCGUCGAUUCAUGGCCAAAGCAAGAUGCACUGAGCCUAUAAAAUAUAUAAUACAAUCUGGGACUGAGGUCGCCCAUGGUUAUUCGCUAAGGGGGGGUUGCAGCCGUUUGGAUAAAUCAAUUGGUGUAACUGAAAGGUAUAAUAACUUUAUCACAAUUCGUUUCCAGUAGUUAUGCCAGUAUUUAUUUAUACAUUGUUAAGUGUAGUGUGCAUCGGCCGACAUACUGUAAUUUAGCUUAUGCUACAAAAGUAUGAAUAAACGAUUAUUAUUAUAUUAUUA